AUGGAUAGUAAACAUCGAGAAGCUUGUGAUGUUCAAAUGACACUGGCUAAAAAAGGAUUUACAUUCUCGGCUGAAGAAAUACAGGAAAUCAUGGAUGUUCUUAGUGGAGUUUCUCUAAAACUUAUCAUAACUAAUGUUCCUAUUGAGGUUUUCAAGUAUAAUGUUGCACAGGUAUGCUUCGAGGACCUAUUUAGGUCUUUUGACAGUCAGUCCAAAUUCGUAUACUUGCCGAGUUUCCAAAGAGUUCUAAUUUACAUGAACAGACCAGAAGCUGCGUUAUUGGCACGUUUGGAGACCCAAGGAUGGAUGCUUCCUGAACAUGUAUAUGCCAACAUACCAAACAGUUCAGUAAAUUCUAGUAGUGGUGGGAUUAAUUGUUAUAUCGGGAAUUUCGAAGAUAGUAACGAUAAAAAUCAAAUUUGUGAAGAAGAGGACUGCGAUUACUGUGAUAAUCCAGAAUGCAUGGUUGAUUCUGAUGAAUACUUUGGUGAUGAUCGAACGGAAGGUUGUAAAGAGAAUACAGACUUCCAAUCGACUUCACUCGCUAACAAUGAACUGUUAAAUCAAGAUGGUGUAGAAGAAAAUCCAGCUGAAUUUAUUGCAUCACCCGUAUCUCCUAUUGUCAAUAGUAGUCGAAAUUUUAGAAGCCAGAAGGAAAUGUCUCCAGAUAGGACUACUUCUGAAUUCAAAAAUAUAAGCAAUACGUCUGGUGAAAAGAAUAUAGAUGUACCACUUUCUUCAAAUGAAGUUUGUAAACACGGUAAAUUUAGGCGACGUAGUUUGGCUUGUUCAAUGAAACAUUUAGCUCCUCCAAAACCAUGUCGAUUAUUCUUACUUUCUCCGCCUGCUUCACCUCCUGUUGGGUGGGAACCAAAACCAGAAUGUGAACCUGUUAUCAAUUAUGAACUUUUACAUGCCUUAGCUUCAUUAGCACCAGGUGAGGCAUUUGAAUUGCACCCACGUGAUCAAGCUAAUCAUCACCCAAGUAUUGUGAUAACACCAUGUGAAACUGGUCUAACGUAUGAUAAAGAUGUGAAAAAACUUCGAAUAGUGCAAACUAAGUGCCCAGAUCGCAAAUGUUGAUGAAGACUGUUAUGUGUAUACGAAUAUAAUAUUUAAGUCCAAUGUUAUGAUGACCAAAAGAAAAAUUACCUUUGGUGUCUUUCAGUUAAUUAUGUUCGAAUGACUACGUGCACAAUCAUUUAUAGUUGAAUACUCAUUCUAUCCAGUUUCUCUGCCUGUGACUAAGCUCGUUGCAAUUAUAUAUAUUGAUGUGUGCAAUUGACCGGUUGUUUCUACAGAUUCUCACUUCAUUUUUUUUUUCGCGUUUGUCGGAUAUCCGACUCUGAAGUGUUUUAUUAUUUCCCAAUAAUUAGAAACUAUUCAACAUGUAACGUCCUUACUAAUUUCUUUACAUGAUAGAUCUUGACACUAUACUGUUUCCCCUACAUUAUAUAUGUGACUUUCAUUUUCUUUUUUCC